AUGUUAGCGAUCCUCAUCGCCGCACUGGCCAUCCUCUUUCAAGUGGGCCUGUUGAUAUUCGCCAGCUCAGCCCAUGCCGAGAUCAACGUCAGCGUUUUUAAUGUGGUUGCCGAGCAAAGCUACCAGUCCAAUCGCGUUUACGCAGGCCGCACAGCGGCCACACGGGCAGCGGAACUGGGAUUCAAGCGUGGUGGCGAGAUUACCGAGAUGCAGGUGGAUCAGGGGGAUGUUGUGGCUAAGGGUGACACCCUGGCCAAACUCGACACAGCGUCCAUUAAUGCACAGCUGACACAAGCUGCCGCCGAGGUAUCUCUUGCGCGCGCAAAUCUCGAGGCGCUGGUCGCUGAAGCAGAACUGGCAACCAACACGGAACAGCGUUUCCGCACCCUGCGUGAGCAAGGCCACGCUUCGGUUCAGGUUUAUGACGAGACGCGACUGACGUUGCGCGCCAAACAAGCACAGCUCAACGUCGCCCGCGCCAAUCUGGAACGCGCUCUGGCAGAACAACAAAGCGUGGAAGUUGAACUGCGCGAAGCUGUGAUCCGAGCACCCUUCCCAGGCACGAUUCAGGCGCGCUACGUAGAUGAAGGCACACAGAUUCGUUCCGGCGAGGCGGCUCUGCGCCUGGUGGAAGAUGCACACCGGGAAGCCCACGUCGGCAUCCCCGCAGACAUCGCCAAACGCAUGAUGCCGGGACAAACCUAUCAGGUGAGCUGGCAGAACCAGACCUACGCAGCCAGCCUCGAUGCGGUGCUACCGGAAGUAGAUCCCGCCACGCGAACUUUAACCGCAGUAUUUACGCUCGCCGGUAUCGAUAUACCGUUGGGUUCCACCGUGGAGGUAGCAAUCAACGAGGCUGUCGACGCUCCCGGUUUCUGGCUGCCUUUGAGCGCGCUAACAGAAGCUGACAGGGGCCUGUGGGGGGUGUACGUCGUUAACGCAGAACAGAUUGUUGAGCGUCGCCUGAUUGAAAUUGUACACAGCGAAGCAGAUCGCGUGUUUGUUCGAGGCACACUAAAGACAGACGACCGGGUUGUUGCCACCGGAGUCCAGCGUAUCGUCCCAGGUCAGGUUGUUAACCCAGUGGCAAUCACGCAGGUGAGCUAUGCGGGCUAA